CCUUGCCUCCAGAAACGCUUGCAGCAAAAAAAGGCUUAGGGAGAAAGCGAAGCAGCCCGGGCUGUUGUGGGUCUGCAGGAGCCCCCGAGCAGUGUGCAACGCCUCCCCUCUCUCCGGUUCCUGGGGCGGCUAAGACCCCAGACCCUCCUCCCUUCCUCCUUGUCCCCCAAAAGGGGAGGACACAGCCCAGAGCCUCCGCUCCGCUCCCUCUCCCAGCCUCUGUCGUCACACCCGGAGUGGGAACCUUUGCAACAGCUCGCUCUUUUCCACCCCGCUUGCAAGGAGGCAGGCUCUCUGCAUCAGGACCACCGCGGGAGGAGCAUCCCGGGAACCGCUUCGCUUUGCAGGGCAGAGAAACGAGGAUGCUCUUCUCGGCAACUUAAGGGGAAACUGGUAGCCAGGUGCAGCAGCAGCCGCCCAGCAGCAGCGCAAAGAGAGAUGUGGGUGUCAUUGUGAGCGCACGUUUUUUCCCUCCUUCCGAGCUCAUGCCGGCCGCCUUGGCCGAACUGUUUGGCUGUGCGGUUUGAGCUUAGAGGAGUAGCCCCUGAAAGAAGCCGGGAAGGUUGCGCUCCGAGCCUUAGAGGGUCCGGCUGGCCAGGAAUUGCGCAGGAGCUCUCCUCCCGACAGGGACCCAUUCUUCCGUGCAAAAUCCUUCCCGGUGGAGUAGCUCCGGGGACCCGCUUGGAGGCUUCAAUCAAGCAUCUUCCUGGCUUCCCAUCGCAUGUGACCAAGAAGGAGGCUGUUUGGGACAUCCCGGAAGGGGUCCCGUUAGUGCAGAAACUUCAGGACCACGGACAGCUCCUCCAGAGGCAAGGCCAGUCCAUCGCUGGCCCAGGAUGGUCCCCCAAGCGAUGCUUCUUUAAUGCUCAGCUGUGUGUUUUUCCUGACAAGGAAGAUGGUUGCCCGCAGCGUAAAGGGUAAACUGGGGGUUGCUCGCCACCCCCAGGUUGCCAGACUCUGCCGAUGAAAAGGGGCACUCAGCACAUUCUGUCUGUGGGAAAAGAAUUUCAGCAGGGGAUCAGCUUACGGGUGGAUUCCCAGUCGCCAAGAUGAUACCCAUCGCGUGCUGUUUCCUUGUAUUCUUGGCAGCCUCAGUCCAAGGCUGGACGCAAACCCAGGCGGAGGAGAGACUCUUCAAACACCUUUUCAAUGCAUACAACAAGUGGUCCCGUCCCGUCCCCAACACCUCUGAUGUCGUUAUUGUCAGGUUUGGGCUGUCCAUUGCUCAGCUGAUUGACGUGGAUGAGAAGAAUCAGAUGAUGACCACAAACGUUUGGCUCAAGCAGGAAUGGAAUGACUACAAGCUGCAGUGGAACCCGGUGGAUUUUGACAACGUCACUUCCAUCCGAGCUCCUUCUGAGAUGAUCUGGAUCCCAGACAUUGUGCUGUAUAACAAUGCCGACGGGGAGUUUGCUGUGACGCACAUGACGAAGGCGCACCUCUUCUCCAACGGCAGCGUGAAGUGGACCCCUCCGGCCAUCUACAAGAGCUCCUGCAGCAUCGACGUCACCUUCUUCCCCUUUGACCAGCAGAACUGCAAGAUGAAGUUCGGCUCGUGGACGUACGACAAAGCCAAGAUUGACCUGGAGAGCAUGGAGCGGCAGGUGGACCUCAAGGACUACUGGGAGAGCGGGGAGUGGGCCAUCAUCCAUGCCGUGGGCACCUACAACACCAAGAAGUAUGACUGCUGCACCGAGAUCUACCCCGACAUCACGUACAGCUUCGUCAUCCGGCGCCUGCCCCUCUUCUACACCAUCAACCUCAUCAUCCCCUGUCUCCUCAUCUCUUGCUUGACCGUCCUGGUCUUCUACCUGCCCUCCGACUGCGGGGAGAAGAUUACCCUCUGCAUCUCCGUCCUCCUGUCCCUCACAGUCUUCCUCCUCUUGAUCACCGAAAUCAUCCCAUCCACCUCCCUGGUCAUCCCUCUGAUCGGAGAGUACCUCCUCUUCACCAUGAUCUUCGUGACGCUCUCCAUCGUCAUCACGGUCUUCGUCCUCAACGUCCACCACCGCUCGCCCAGCACCCACAAGAUGCCCCAAUGGGUCCGCGCCGUUUUCCUGGACUUCAUCCCCAGGUGGCUCUUCAUGAGGAGGCCCCCGGUGCUGACAGCAGGGCUCAGGGUGGCCAGCGAAGAGGUGAUCGGGCAGUACGACGCGCCUCCGGCAAAUCUGAGCACCUCCCGGUGCUGGCUGGAGACGGACGUGGACGAGAAGUGGAACAAAGACGACGACGGCGGUGGUGGCAGUGAGGAGAGGCGGAGGGCUGGUCGCCUGCCCCUCCAAGGCACCUGCCCCCACCACUGCCUCCAGUACCGGUACACCUGCGCCCGGCACCUGGGGAGGGGCUUCGUGGAACUGGUCCGUCGCCCGGCCACCAAAACAGAGAACCCAACAUCUUCCGAGCAGGGGCUGCAGCUGUCUCCAAGCAUCUUGAAAGCCCUGGAAGGGGUGCACUACAUCGCCAACCACCUGCGGGCUGAGGACGCUGAUUUCUCGGUGAAGGAAGACUGGAAGUACGUUGCCAUGGUGAUUGACCGCAUGUUCCUCUGGAUGUUUGUCAUUGUCUGCUUGCUGGGGACGAUUGGCCUUUUCCUCCCACCUUUCCUGGCGGGGAUGAUCUAGGAGGGUUGGUGCGCCCAAAAUCCCCCCACAAACUCUCACCUGCCUGCCGUGCGGCUCCAGGAAAAGCGUCGCCAUUCAGAUUCAGGACAAAUUCAACUCAGAAGCACCUGCCUGCCUGGGAAUCUUACUUAGCAUCGCAUUCUUUCUUAGCUGAACCAGUUUUUACAAAUCAGUAGCAACUGGGGACUUGAAUUUUCUUCCAGACUGACCUCGUCUGCCAUUAUUAUUCAGCGAGGCCAGAGGUCACCCCUAAAAACUUCCUGUGGUGGGAACAAUGUGCAGAUUGUCUUUGGCUUUGCUGAGAGCAUCCUUGGGGCUGACGGCUGUGUUUAGUUAGCCCAGUUUAGCAAAAUGCCUGUUAUUAUGGCAGGCUGUGUGUGAAACGAGGCUUUGCAAAUGGCGAGAACCGCAGAGUUUUGCAUGGGAAGAUAGCAAAGGAGUGAAAUCAGGGAUGCUGUUAGGAUAGUGGCGAAAACCCUCUCCCCAUUGCCUGGCGGCUGCAACAAAUAAUAAUCAACCUUGUUUCUAUCAGCUUAGCCCCGGCCCCUUCAUCUGCAUAGAACUGCUCUGGGUUCUGUUCCUUGGUCACACUAGAGUGUGACGGAACGUUCAGAAAUGGCAUUUAUAUAGAAAUUAAUGGCAUUGAUCCAUUGUAAAUGUGGGCCGCUUCCAGAUGACCUAUUUAUCAAGCAUUCAGACCGAUUUGUUUGCACAGAGUUUGCAGGAAGAUGAUACAACUUUGCAGCGAGCAAUGGCCAUCUCAACCGUUCCAGUGCAUUUCCACGCCUCUUUCCUUACUGCAAAAAGUCUGUUCCUUUUUUGAAGCAGGUUUGCAGCACAGGAGUCCCAAAUCCCCUUUAAUUGUGCCCUCCCUGAAUUUGCUGGUUCACAAUCGACUCCCACCUGCAAACUAGUGGCAACCUGAGAGCCCCUUUCAUAUUGACUACUGGUGCUGUGAAAAGUCCCAGACAAUUCGAUUAUGCCUACCUUGGUGCCAGUUUUUGGACUGGAGCCACAUUGGGUGACGUCUGAUAUGCAGCUCACAUGUCACAGUUUGCAACAAAGCACUCGGCCGAUAGAUGAAGCUCAGAGGGGCAGGACAGGAAAAGUCCCAGCGGGAACUUCCCCCAUCAGCUUUGCGAGGAAGGAUAAAGCUCAAAUGCCCCUCUGGACUGAAGAGCUAAAAGCCUCCCCUUGCCAUUUGCGAUUUAGCUAUUUGCCGAAUUCCUGCAUUGAGGGGGUCAGACUAGAUGACCCCUGGAACCCCUUCAAACUCUGCAAUUCUAUGGUUCUAUCUCAGGGUGCAAAGGGGGAGGGAAACCACUCUUUCCGGGAAGUGAAUACUCCUUUUUGACUUUGCCCCCUGCCCCCUGCGUCCUUGCAGGCAGGCUCCAUUCUGCCCCAGGCCGUGGCAGCUUGCCAGGACAGUCCCCUUGUCUAAGGAAUGUGGACUUUGGGGUGACGUGUGGUGGGGAGAGUCCACAGCUGAGCUUGCUCCUGUCUGGGAUGAGUGUGAGCCAGGUUGCUGACUGCAGAAUCAACUUG